AUGGCAUCUGCAGCUGUUCAACUUCCAUCCCACGGCUCUCUGCUCGCAGAGAAGCCCCAAGUCCCCGUCACCGAGAACCCCCAUCAUGUACAGACGACACUCAACUUCCUGAAAGAGAACGAAGAUGGAUCUCCCCCAGAGCCAACCUAUGUUGGAAAGCCAGAGACCUACGAUCGGCCCACGACAUCUCUUCCCGCCACUAUCCAUGACAUCAGUGGCCAUGAGCUUGACUACACUCUAGAUACUCAUGGCUUCCAACUCUACUACCACGAAAGCCAAGAGAAAGACUUCCUAGAUGACGAGAAAAUCAAGAGAGAAUAUUAUCCGGAGACAGAGCAGCUCUUGAAAGACGCCACAGGAGCAACCCGAAUCCACAUAUUCGACCACACCAUCCGCCGCGCACGACCAGACGACAGUCCAGGCUCCAACCUCCGCGGCCCCGUCCAAAGAGUCCACAUCGACCAGUCCUACGACGCAGCCAAAAGUCGCGUCCCCUUCCAUCUACCCGAAGACGCCCCAGAGCUCCUCAAAGGCCGAUACCAAAUCAUCAAUGUCUGGCGUCCCAUCAAGACAAUCCUCAGAGAUCCUUUGGCGGUAGCAGACGCGCACUCCGUCCCAGAUAGCGAUCUUGUACCCGUCAAGCUCAUCUACCCGAACCGGGAAGGCGAGACGUAUACCGUCAAGCCCGAUCCUAAUAUUAAGUGGUAUUACAGAUAUGCGCAGACUCCGGAUCUGGUGACGUUGAUUAAGUGCUUUGAUUCGAAGGUUGAUGGUCGGGCGAGGCGUGUGCCUCAUACGGCGUUUUCGAACCCGGAGACUGUCAAUGAGGCUCCGAGGGAGAGUAUUGAGGUGAGAGCUUUGGUUUUCCAUCCUGAUGAUCGUGAGUGA